CUGCGAUUGGUUGACUUAGUGACGUCAGAACCUCGUGUAAGAUGGCCGACACAAAGUUGUAUGAUAUUUUGGGUGUGGGGAAAAAUGCUUCAGAUUCGGAAAUCAAAAAGGCAUACUACAGGCUUGCGAAGGAAUACCACCCAGACAAAAAUCCCGAGGCAGGAGAGAAGUUCAAGGAGAUAAGUUUUGCUUACGAGGUGUUGUCGAGUUCGGAGAAACGGGAGACCUACGACAGAUAUGGCCUGCAGGGGCUCAAGGAAGGCGCAGGAGGAGGUUCAGGAUUUGGAGGUGGUCUGUUUGACGAUCUGUUUGGAGGCUUUUUCGGCUUUCCGGGUAUGGGUGCUAUGUCUGGGGGGCGUAACCGUCGGAAACGAGGAGAAGACACAAUGCACCCACUGAGAGUUUCGCUAGAAGAUCUUUACAAUGGCAAAACAGCAAAGCUGCAACUCAGUAAAACAAUAAUUUGCAAAAAGUGUAAUGGGUUGGGUGGUAAACAAGGUGCAAUGUCAAAAUGUCGUACGUGCCAGGGUCGUGGCGUGAAGAUCACUAUGAGACAGCUGGGGCCGGGCAUGGUGCAGCAGAUGCAAUCUAUAUGUCCCGAGUGUCACGGGGAAGGGGAGUUGAUCAAUGAAAAAGACCGGUGUAAAGAAUGUAGGGGCAAGAAGGUGACGAGCGAGACGAAAAUACUCGAGGUCCACGUCGACAAGGGUAUGCGGGAUGGGCAGAAGAUCCCAUUCAGAGGAGAGGGGGACCAGCUGCCCGAUAUGGAGCCAGGUGAUGUGAUAAUUGUUCUACAACAAAGGGAACAUGACUUUUAUUCGCGUGAGGGCAAUGACUUGUUCUGUACCUACACUAUAGGUCUCACUGAAGCCCUCUGUGGAUUCCACUUCACAUUAAAACAUCUUGACGGUCGGGAUCUUCUUAUCAAAAACCCACCAGGGGGCGUUAUAAAUCCAGGCAUGAUUCGUGCAGUAAGGAAUGAAGGAAUGCCCAUCUAUAGAAAUCCGUUUGAGAAGGGAAAUCUGUAUAUCAAAUUUGAAAUCACGUUUCCAAAACAGAACUUUAUACCAGAAGACAAGCUAAAGGCACUUGAGGCGUUGUUGCCGGCGAGGACGGAGGUUGACAUGCUUGAGGGUGACAACGUGGAGGAGGUGAACCUGGUUGACUUCGAGGACACGCGCAGCAGCGGCCGGGCUCGCGGCGAGGCCUACGACGAGGAUGAUGACGAGGACCACCACGGACCACGCGUGCAGUGCGCUCAUCAAUAACGCCGCCCGUCGACACGCCGUCGUCACGAAAACACAUACACAGCUAGCUAGCAUCACCGGUAACACUGGGCUCACCCUUGGUGUGCCGACUAAAAUGGGAGUCAACCUCGUUGGGCCGACUACACUGGGGGCGGUCACUCUCGGUGGGCAGAGUCGGCCCGUGGCGCAGGUGUUGUUGAUGUUGACAACGGUGUGUGUGACGUAGUCGUCAUCUUCCACCUAUGCGUAAAUCUCUCCGCGUCUUAAUUAGUUCUUUGUGCGGGACGUCAAAUCUAUGUUCAGUGAAGCGACUGGGUUUUUUUGAGAUUUAUUUAUUUCUUGUAGAACUGUAUAUUUUUUUUUGUGAAUGUGGAUGCGAAUUACAGAAGACGUGAAAUUGAUGGUUGUUGCUUUGUGAGCACUGUUUUAGACUCUUUCAUUGUGUAAUCCAGUAUCAUGGAAAAACUAUAAAUGUGCCCGAACAAAAUUAGUUUUUCCAGUUUGUAAAAUGUGAUAGUUUGUUUUGUCUUCUCAACUCAGUAUUUGUCACCAGCCUUCCCACAAACUCAGUAACCUGAAUAUGGCCAUGUGGUUGUUUUAAUCAUUAAUAUUUGGUACUCUAAAUGGUCAGUAACAGUUUCUUUCUAACCUGUCCUAUGUGUUAAAUUUAUUCACAAUUUGUUUUAAAAAGAAACUGGUCUGGCCAAUUGAAGCAAAUGUAACAAAAGUAAACCAAUAUCAUUUGGGUGUGGGAACGUAAAGUUUUGUUUUCAGUUUAAAGGACUCAUUGGGCUUGCGUAUUAAAAUGUCUAAAGUUGAGGGAAAUAUGUGUGUGUAAAUAAUGUCAUGUUAUGGUUGAUCGUCAUUUGUACAUUUCCAUCUUGCUCUGGAAAUACACUCCUGUUUCUCACAGUUUGCUGAAAUUGUUUUAAAUAAGAAUCGUGUUUUUUAGUCUUGGAUACAACAUUCAUACGUCAUUCGGUCUGUCGGUAAAUUGUAAAUCUUCACAAAUUUGGUGACUUAAUGCAGGGUUAGUUCUGCCACUCACCAAAUUUGCCAGUUGCGAAUUUCAGGAACAAUUGGCGAAUUUUAUGUUGAAAAAUAAUGGUGGACUUUGCAUAUUUAAAGAUGAUUUGAUGAAUGGUUUUGCUUACACAGAUCUAGCCCUGCUAAUGUCUUAUUUUGAUCCUAUCUUCACCCCUUGCCCAAAUACAGUUGAAGAUAACAUACUGCCGUAAUGCCUAAUUAACAGUAUCAUGGAAUAUGGGAGACAUUGCAAUGCACAGGAAUGAUGUAAGUGCCUAUCCCUACUCAGUUUAUAUAUGUAGAAGCCCAUUCUCUUCCCUCACACCUCCGAAAACCUCUGUCCUACCCACCACUUCACUUAUAUUAUAAAAAGGGCAACAAAGAAGUUUUAUUACUUUUUGUUUGAAAAGGAAUGCGAGUUAUGGAUUAAACAUUCAAACAAAUCCAUUCCACUAUCUUGGACGUGAAUUAAUUUUUACUGUUUUUGCUUGUUUUGAUCACUUUUUGAAAGUGAAAUUCUGUAGGAUAUUUAUUUGAAUUCCUGAUGUCAGCUGUACACCAACUGUUUUUGUCAUCGUUCUUUGAUGAACAACUCGCGCCCUUAUUUUCCCCAAGUCCCAGCAAAGCUUUCCACAUUUGUGUGUCCACGAUCAUUAUUAUCCCUCAAUUGGCUCGGUUGAUAUUUAUCGGAUGUGAUAACAAAAUGUGCGUUUGUGUCAGUGUGUGUGUGUGUGUGCAUUUGUGUGUUCUUAAUUCUCUAGAUGUAUAUAAGUUGGAAAAGUCUACAUAUUUAUCACAUUUUGUUGGCAUUCAAUCUGUACAUAACAUUUUGUUUAAUAGUUGUAUGUUUUAGUCUGUGCUCGGAGCUAUAAAUAUUGCUAUCAUAAUCGUUUAGUACACGGUUGCCCAGUUGUACCCUAUCCAACGCUGUUCAAAAUUAUUUGGUGCCCCAUUAACUUGAUACAUUAAUGUUCUAUAAACAAAGUUUAAACGCAGUUUUCUUAAUAUCAUCUUUGUAAAAAUUAUAAAAAUAAUCCAUUAAUUUCCAAGAUUUUAUGGGUACAUUAUUUUACCCUCCAUACCCUCUGUGAAUUGGAACCACAACCAAUUUGACAUCACAUACAUUCAUUUUUAACUAAUAGCGUAUGAUUGGCUAUUAACAAUUAUACAUUUUAAAUUUGUAUGGAGUAUUAAUCUGAAUUAAAUGACCUAUUGAAUGUACUAUGCCAUACAUGUAUUUCUUUGUUCGUAUGAGGUAAUUUAAAUGUGAUUCAAAGCAGUCGUAAACUGUAAAAGUGAAGAAAAACAAUGGGAACUUCUUUGAUUUGAAUGCAUCGAUUUUUAUAGCUAGUAUAAAAUUAUAUACUUUUAUGUUUGUCCACAUCCGUAGGUAUAAAUGUGUGUUUUAAAGAAAUCAUAUUAAAUGCAUUUAUCUUUUGUGAUAACUGGUA